AUGUCAGUUAGACAGGCUGAUGGUGGCAUGAGGGUACGUCGUUUAGAAGGUCCUGUGGAAUUUAACAUCCCUCCCCUUGCUGGAGAAAUUAGUGAUGGCCCCUCUGCUGUCGACUGCUACUCAGAGGAAGGCGAGACGUUCAUCGCAACUCUGGCCCUCGUGGUGGUGGCAACAGAGUCUGCAUGCUUUGGCUCAGGUGCAGUCAGUGCUUCGGACCAGCCAUCAUGUUGUAUUGUAAGCGACGUCCCGCGGCGGAGGAUAGUGGUCCAGCCGGGCUGUGAUUUGGGCCGCGCUCGAGCGUGCCCGUCCAGCUGGUAUCCUGGUAGGCUGCCUGGCAACAGAGCCGGCCGGCGACCAUUCGAGCCUACAAGGUCACCAGCCCUGUCUCCUUCCCUGGCUUGCAUCGCCAUUCUCUCCCUUCCUUUCUGCCGUGUAGCCAGCAGCGGGCGCACAGCCGUUCUUCUGGGAUGGCUCUUCCUCCCCUGCGCCUUCCGGUGCUGCUGCUGCUGCCUCGCCGACUCGUCUCCUCGUAUGGGGCUUCAAACGACAAUAGCACGAAUAGAAACCAAAAGACAGGAAUCUUGUGUUGAUGAGGACUGGAGAGACAUAUCUUCACAGUUAAAUGUGUAGUGAGGAAUGGUAACUCCACCACCGUUGGCGUGCAACUAUAAACUUUUGCCAACGGUUGCGGAGUUCCUUAACCUCACUACAUGGAUCAACAUGGCUCAGGCAGUAAGGACAAUAAAGAUCACCAGAGUUCUUAUGGAAAAAUAGAAGCAAAGUUGCUGGAUGGAACUAGUCUAAGUUGGUAGUUGUAUGUGCAUCGAUAGUUUGUAGUACGUAAACAUUCUGACUGUCUUCAUUGUGAAAUUGUCUGUUGAAAUAAAGAACAAUUUUCUGCCCCUUUCAUAAA